AUGCCUGAGAUCAUUCUUUCGAUCAACGCAGGAUCCUCCAGCGUCAAGAUCUCCGUCUACAAAACCCCUGAGGAUGGCGCCUCAGUACCGAAACAACUCGCGGAAGCAACUGUCGAGGGACUAACUGCGCCACCUUCAAAGCUAAAGUACGAGCGUGGAGACGAGAAGAUCAAAGGAAAAGAGCUAGAAAAUGUCACCUCACAAGAAGACGGGUUUCGCUACAUCUUGGAUCACCUGACCAACGAUGAAGGCCUUCCUGAGCUCAACCGCAAAGAAGACAUCCGCUUCACAUGCCAUCGUGUAGUACACGGCGGGGACUACCCCAAGAGUCAAGUCAUUGACAAGGAAACAUACCACCACAUAGAAGAGCUCUCGGAUCUAGCACCUCUCCACAACGCGCCUGCUCUCACCAUCGUCCGAGCCGUAGCAGAUAUCCUCCCCCACGCAAAGAACAUCGCCUACUUCGACUCCUCAUUCCACAACACACUCCCAGAGUACAUAUGCACCUACCCCAUUGACCAAAACGUCGCACAGAAGAACAAACUGCGCAAAUACGGUUUCCACGGCAUAAGCUACUCCUUCAUUGCAAACGCCGUAUCAACCCACUUGAAUAAGCCGCUCGACAAAACCAACAUCAUCGCCCUGCAUCUUGGCUCCGGCGCAUCAGCAUGCUGCAUCAAAGGUGGAAAAUCACUCGAUACAACAAUGGGUCUAACGCCCCUCGCCGGUUUACCAGGUGCCACACGCUCCGGCUCCAUCGACCCAUCCCUCAUGUUCCACUACACACACAGCGCAGGUAAACCCUCUCACAGCUCCAGCGAAAAACUGCACAUUACGCAAGCCGAGGAGAUCUUAAACAAGAAGAGUGGCUGGAAGAGUCUAACCGGAACUACUGAUUUCGGGCAAAUCAGCUCUUCGGAGAGGAAAGAGGACAAACUCGCGUUCGAUAUCUUCGUUGACCGUAUCCUAAAUUAUGUGGCUCCGUACUUUACCAAGUUGGAUGGAGAGGUUGAUGCACUUGUUUUCGCUGGAGGUAUUGGUGAGAAAGGCGGGAAGCUGAGGCAGGCUGUUGUAAAGGGAGUCAAGUGUUUGGGUUUCGCGAUUGAUGAAGAGAAGAAUUCGAAGCCGGUCGAGGAUGUGGUUACGGAUAUUAGUGCUGGGGAUGCGAGAUAUAAGACGUUGGUUGUGCAAACGGAUGAGCAGUUAGAGAUGGCGAGGGGGAUCUUGGAGGAUAAGGAUCGCUUCGUGGGGAAGAGGUAG